AUGCCGGUGAGACGAGCGCGCAGAAGCUCCGACGCCAGUCGUGCCAUUGCUGCCGGUCGUGAGAAGCUCGCUCACUGGUCGUGCUGGUUCCGAACGCGGGAGGAGCUGCGGGCGGAUGAGCUGCAGACACUACCUCACAUGCCGAUCCCGUCCUCCCCAGGCACGCCCAACUCCACCACCGCUCCCCCGCCCUCCGAGGACAUCCUCCUCCUCAUCCCCGCCACCCAGCUCCACCUCAUCGACCGGCACCGCAGCCACCCGCUCGCCGCGGGGGACCUCACUCUCCUCCGCAUCCGGGCCGGCUCCACCUCCCUCGCCGCCAUUGCGCAGCUCGGCCCCGUCCAAUUCCCUCUGACCCGCGACGUGGCCGCCGUGAAGCUCGACCCCUGCCACUACUCCUUCUCCCUGACCGUCCCCGCCUCCGCCGACGACUCGGCGCCCGGCCCGCUCCACUACGGCUUCACGCUCCCGCGCCUCGACGGCGUGCUCGCGGCCUGCACCAGCUUCUCCGCCCACUCCGUGGUCGGCAGCGAGGGGCUCGCCGGCGGGGUGCGCGGCGAGGUCGAGGCCGCCGCGUACUGGACCGUCGUCGCGCCUGUUAAGGCAAUAUGCUUGAUGUAUUACCAAGGGAAACUGCGACCUGUUUCGCCCAACGUCGAGGAGUACGGCUGCGCGGUCACCAGGGCCAUCGCCUCGGGUGCUGAGGGCCUCGCCAAGGGGAUCAUCUGGUGUGGGGUCAUGACGGUGGAGAGGCUCCACUGGGGGAACGAGGUCCUCAGGAAGAGGAUCCAGCCUGGGGACACUGACGCCGAGGUCACCCCCGAGAUGUCGGGCGAAUCAAAAGGUAUUGCUGACUUCCUCACUUCUUGUAGUGCCAUUAUGGGUAUAUCAGUGUUCUGUAGUGUCAUUUCAGUUGAGUUAGUAAACCUUAUGAUGAUUAGGGGCAAUAUCUGCAAUUUAUCCAUGUAA